UGAUUUCUAUGUAUAUGUUGAAUUUUGACAUGUUUGCCGUGGUGUAAAUGUAACGCACUUUAUAUUCCACGUGUGACUAUAUAGGGCUUCAUUACCGCUCCGUGACUUCACCGCCGGUGACCGCUCAUUGAAUAUUCAUUGAAAAGCACCGGGAGCUCGCGGCUUACGACAGAGUGCGUCCGUGCGCGUGGUGGGAACGGUAGCAAGAUGGCGGCGCUGAAGGAGGAGCAGUGCUACGGACUGUCCUGUGGAAGAGUGAGCAACGGCAGCAAUGUCUCCGUCUUUCACGUUAAACUCACUGACAGCGCGUUGAGAGCGUUUGAAGGCUACCAGAGCAGCAAGGUCCUGUCAUCGCGACCAUUGAUCAGGUUCAAUGAAAACCAAGGGAAAAUUUCAAUACCGCGGUCAGAAAAUUCCAGUGAACUGCAAACGUUUACUUUCUACCUGUCGAAUGUGGGCAGAGAUAACCCCCAGGGCAGCUUCGACUGUAUCCAGCAGUACAUCACCAGUGAAGGGAGCAUUCAGCUGGAUUGUUUGGGUGGGAUCCAAGACAAGAUUACAGUAUGUGCCACAGACGACUCAUACCAGAAGGCCAGGGAAAGCAUGGCCCAGGUUGAGGAGGAAACUCGCAGUAGGAGUGCCAUCGUCAUCAAGCCUGGGGGGAGAGACGUAGGUAAGAAAGUUCACAUCCGGAAACCGGCACUAGGACUUUCAGACAUCGCCCCGUUACGGAGGACGUCUCGGCCUGUCAUCAUAUCGAGCAAUUCGCUAAAGAAGGGCACCGCUCGGCACAGGCCUCUCCGGGAGCGCCUGGUACACCUGUUGGCUCUCAAGCCGUACAAAAAGCCUGAGCUGAUCCUGAGAUUGCAGAAAGAUGGCCUCCUGCCAUUAGACAAGGACUCACUGGAUAGCCACCUGCAACAGGUGGCAAACCUGAAUGCGAGAGACAACACCUUCACAUUGAAGGACUUUUUGUAUAAGGAUGUCCAGAAGGACUGGCCAGGCUACACAGAAGGAGACCAGCAACUUCUCAAGAGAAUCCUCUCUAGGAAACAGAACAGCUCUGCUCCUCCACUGGAGAGCCCGCCCAAAGAGCUGGCCGGCAGCUCGCCAUCUCAGAAACGGCCUGCUGCUGACUUCAUCGACCCCCUUGCCAACAAAAAGCCCAGAAUAUCGCACCUCACCAGCAAGGUUGCAACAGCCCCAGUCAAUGGCAAGUUCAACUCCUCAAACGGCAGAGGAGAGGCAGGUGGAGCACAGGCAGGAGUGGCGGUUUCUAUGUCAGACAGCGGCAUGACAUCCAGCUCCCAGCCACUCCCUGUGCUAGACAUCCCUCGUCCUUUCGAAGCACUGUCGGACGUCAGCAACGACUCCAGCCACAACGGGAGAGACUGUGACUCUCAGGAAACGGCGGUGUCCGAGAGGCUCAGCCAACCUCCUUCGCUAUUCUCGGGCUCAACAAUGCUCACCGCGCCCAGCAUCGGCACAUCAUCUCCUGGACACACUGUCCUGGAGGGCCCCCGGGACAAGAGUCCAUCAUCCUGCAACAACAACAAGUCCAGGAAGAAGUCGAAAAAGCAUAAAGACAAGGAGAAGAGCAAAGACAGGGAGAGGGUAAGAGAGAGGGCGCAAGAGAAGGAGAGGAAGAGUCGUGAGGAACGUGUGCCUGAGCCUAACAGAGCCUGUGAGAUGAGCCCAGGAAACCUCAAAAGCAACAGUAUUCCACACAAAAGCACAGAUCUGAAUGGAAUGUGCAACAGUACCAGUAUUCCCACGUCCUCACCCGAGUCGGCAGACUAUUUAUUGAAGUACAUGGUGAUCGGCUCUCCGGAGCAGCGUCAGAGGUAUAAAAACGAUUUCAACGCCGAGUACAGUGAGUACCGGGGUCUGCAUGCUCGGAUAGAGGGCAUCACCCGGCAGUUCACUGUGCUUGACAACGAGCUCAAACAGCUCCAACAAGGCACAGACAAGUACAAGACAAUCCACAAUCAGAUACUUCAAGAGUAUCAUAAAAUAAAAAAGACUAAUCCAAAUUAUAGUCAAGAGAAGAACCGCUGUGAAUAUCUACACAACAAACUGGCACAUAUAAAGAGACUUAUUGCCGAGUACGAUCAACAGCAACUUUAAAAGUAGUUAUUAGACAUUGUUUCCCUGUUAUCUCUGGAAACCAAGCAGAUAAAGGAAAACUCUGGAUUCCGCUUGUGCUAAAAAAAAAAAUUCUCAUGAAAGAUGCCAUGAAGGGAGUAUUCCCCUCAUUGGGGCCAAAGGCUCUGAUGAGGAUUAAGCAGGACACUUCUUUUCUCUUUCGUUUUUUUUUUUUUAUUAUUAUUAUUAUUAUUAUUAUUAUUAUUAUUAUUAUUUUAUUUUGAAGUUGGGUUGUGCCCGGUGUGGCCAGGUCCGUCUGUGUAGUUUAAAAUGCAUCCAGAAAAAAAAGGUUCUGUGUGGCUUUGUUUUUUUUCUCAACAGCCCACCCUGCUUAUAGCGCACAGAGGGCUGAAGGAGUUCCCACUUUCUUGGGAGAUAUCCGAAUAAUCUUUCCUGCUUUUUGAACUGGAGAGAGACGGGCAGAUUGUACACCAAAUGCAAUUAAUUUGUUUUUUGAGUAAAGAAAAGAUACAGAUUUCCCUAUUUACUGAAUUGAAUGGUUGUGAUGAAUUAAUCUUUCUUUUUUUUAUUUAUUUUUGACACUUAACUGGGGGGAACUGAGUCUGUUUUACACUCCUCAAUAUCAGUACUUAAAGCUGUCUCUUAUUUCCCUGUCCUCGCAUCUUGAAUGUCAGCCAGUAUUUUAUUCAAAGCUGCCUUGCCCUUCUAAUUGUCAACCUGUUGGCGUUUUUGUUUCUCUCUCUGUCUCUUUUAAAGAGAUGCAGAUAUUACUGUUGAUUAAAUCAAAACAAUGCCUCUAAAUGCACAGAGUCAGACGCAGGUUCGUGCGCUUGGCUUUUCUUUUCUAAAAUCGUGCAGAUGUCUUAACAGAGGGGACGUGUGAAAGUUUCCAGUCACUCUUGAGCUUUUCUUUUUGUUUUGUUUUUUUGAACACGGUCUCCUCACUCAGUCAUGACGAGCUGCAGUGCUUGUUCAUCCAUUACAGCAGUGGUCCCUUUUAGUUAUGGUUCAUCAUAUCAAUGAAAAAAGUAGAUUUAGCUCCUAAUUUGUUGUCUUUCCAGGUUAGGUCAUGACAGCUUUUGUAGCAAUAGAAUGAAUCAAGGUUACCUGAAGAGUUCGUUGCCAGUACUACUACUACUACUACUACUACUACUCUUCAUGCUUCAGAAGAUCCUCUAAUUGUAAGAUGAUGCAGACGGGGAUGCAGAUCUGCUGGCUUUUUCUUUUUUCAUCUUCAAAAUUGGGUUGAGCCACAGAUCUGAUACCUCCUAAGUUCCCAUCGUCACCUUUUUAGUUGUGUUAAAAUAGUGUUUACAGAGUCUUUAAAAAGAUCAAAUUGUUUUUGUCUGCUCAUCGACCCACACGAUAGUCCACUGAGACGACUGUUAAGAUGAAGCCAUCCUUGAUCAUCUUCCAGGUAGAGGCCUCUCAGAGAGAAGGGGGUGGUGGGGGGGGGGACUCACCUGCGACCAGUUUUUGCCUUUUUCCAAAUGUGAUGUCAGAUAUUCAUGGAGGUUGAUCUGAAAUCUAUUUCCCGGAUCAGCUCUCUUCUCUGAGAAGUGUCGCGGAUCCACUCUGACGGAUCCCGAAGACAAACGAGAAAUGCUGUAUCAGAACUUAAGCCGAUGAACGAGCGAGUUGAGUUUAGUCAGCGAAUGCAUUUCUUAUAUCGAUCUUUUUAUGUGAAUAUGAAAAAUCAGCACUUUUUCUCCUGAUCUUGCUGUUACCUGGGGGUUUUGUCCAAAUGACUUUUCUCUUUGUCCAUCAGAGUGCAUGCUUUAUGAAUGUGUUACAAUGAACAGUCUUUGUAUCUUUACUUGAAAAAAAAAAAAAAAAAAAAACUGCCCAAGGAUAUCGAAAUCCAAGCAAAGGCCUAGUCCAACUGAACUAGUAUGUAAUCAAUUCGACAUGGCUCUGACCAGCAUGUAUACCAAAGUGCUUACUGAGUGGGAUGAAUCAAAAAUGCUCUACCAAAUGUUGGCGAAGGAACAUGUCACAGUAUUCUCUAUUCUUCUGUUAUUAUCAUGUCUUUUGUCAUAAUUUAUCAUCCAGUGGAAACUUUCUCAGUUUUCUUGUGAGACGUCAGAGGACGCUCCUUUUGCUUCCAGAUGGGAUUUUGCAUGGACUGGGCUCAAGUGUUUCAGUGUAAUGCCAGGUUUCAGAUUAUAUCACUGUCCUAAUGCAAACACUACAUCAAGGCCGAGGCUCCAAGACUCCAUCACAGCGAUUGCUGCUGGGUCUAGACUGAGGCUAGAUCUGGGAUUUGAUGAUGUCUGGGCGAAGGGGGGGGCGGGGGACGUAAAAGUCUGUGAAGGUUUAACAUGUUUUUACCAGAAUCAACACUCAGCAUCGCCCAGUACUGCAACAUUUUAACAAGAAAGACACUUUUCACCAUUCUUACUGUAUCUUGUUUUCUAGAAGCAUUCUGACAUGAUUACUGUAUUACACCUCUACUACGGUCAAAAUCCAUUGUGAAUGAGUUCAUCAGUAAAACACGGUUUGCUCCGUCUGAGAGCAAAGCGUGUUAAAGUAACGAUAUGCCAGCACAGGAGUACCGUUGUAUGAGUUGAUUGUGCCAAAAUGACCUGUUGUAUAGGUUUUUUUGUUUUUGUUUUGUUUUUUUCUUUUCUCUGAGUAUAUACAUGCUGCUGUAAAAGCAAAGAGGGCUUUGGAGAAGAGUCAUGAAAUGUUGGCGCUAAAACCCAAAGCACGCUUUUUGAAAAACCAUAAGGGACUGGGACUGAAAUUGAUCUUUGUUUCAAUAAAAUUCUUUAGAAUCCUUAUUUGUGAAAUUCUGAA